AUGGAUACACGUGUUGCGCAUUGGAAAGGAUGUGAGUUCUGGAAUGCGAAUAUUCCUACGCGGAGACCUAAUUUAAAAAAGGAUGCGAUUCCUUCUGUAAAUCUGCCGCCUUCUACUGUAAUUAACACCUAUGUUGAAAGAGCGAAGAAGAUUGCCAUAGAGCGUGCUAGGCGCCGAAAAGCUCUUGAACUGAAGAAACAAGCUGCUCCCCUUGUUGAGACUCCCCUUGUUGAGGCUCCUUCACUUCCCGAGGAAGAAUGUCAACUGGAAGGAGAGGCUGACAGUGGCUUGCUGCCUGAUAUACCACCUUUGAAGUUGGAUAAAAGUGUACAAAUAUAUAGUGGAGAUUUGGCUUCUCCUAUUUUAGUCAAUGUUGCAAGUUUCACGGAGAAACAAUUAAAUACUGCUACUGGUUUAACGUCAUUCCAACUGCUUUAUCAGAUUGUUGCUGAUGUGGGGCCUCGUUUAACUAAAAGGAAGAUUGAUGCCACACAUCAGAUAGUUUUAACUUUUCAAAUCAUCAAGCAGAAUCAGUCCUACAGCUAUGCUGCUAUUCUGUUUGGUUGUACACCGAAUUUGGUUAAAAUUAUUUUUAAGGAGGUUAUCACUGCUUUGGCUGAUCACUUUCAGAAUUUCAUAUUUUGGCCAACUAAAGAACAUGUAUUGGAGAACAUGCCAAACUGUUUUAAACAUUUUCAAAAUGUACGUGUAGUGUUUGAUUGCACUGAGAUUGUUGUUGAUAAACCAAGCUGUCUUAAUUGUAGAGUUAGGACUUAUUCAAAUUAUUGUUCGGACCACACAGUUAAGCUUCUGGUUGGCUGUUCACCAGGAGGCGUAAUCUGCUUUGUUAGCCAGGCUUAUGGUGGGCGAACCAGCGACAGUUGCAUCAUUCGCCAAAGCAACGUGCUUCACAUGUUAGAGCCCCUGGUGGAUGCUGUGAUGGUGGAUAAAGGUUUUAAAAUUGAAGACGUAUGCAAAGAGAAUCAUAUAACUCUUUUUAGGCCCCCGUUUUUGAAGCAAAAGACUCAGCUUGCAGAAAAUCAAGUUUCAAUGACUAAAGUGAUUGCUUCCGCUAGAGUUCACAUUGAACGGCUGAACCAAAGGUUGAAGAUUUUCAAGUUGUUGAAAGGUCCGCUUCCGUGGCACAUGAUGGACGUCAUCGACGAUAUCCUGAUAACGAUAUGUGGGUUGGUAAACAUUACUAAUCCUAUACUAAGUGAUGAUAAGUACAUGUAGUUUAAAUUGGCGGUUUGAAAGUAUUUUACGGGUGCAUCUCUGUGUUUGGAAGAAGAUCUGCGGCAAAUUUUCAUCUACAAGUUUAGCCUCCUAUGAACACUUGCAUAAUUAAUGUUUUAUUUGAGUUGUUACCUCUUAUUUUAAAUGUAUUUUUUUUUUAUACCUUCAGACUGCAUUAUUACAUUCUCCUCUCUAGUGACUAUUCUGUAUUAGAACAUUUUAUUUGUAGUUUACAAUUACCUCUUCAUUUUGAAACAAUAUUUGUAAUUCUUUAACCUCCAUGUUAUGUGAUAGGGCCGUAAAUUUUAUUUUAUCCUUGAGUUAAGUAUCCCAAGGUAUUCAGGUUAGAAUGAUCAUGGUAUUCAUAUUUGAUGUUUGGUUUUGUAUUCUGGAGUGUUUUUAUUUUAUUAAUUUUAAUAUCCUGCUAUCAUGGUUAUGUAUUGUAAAAAAUCAUGUUUAAGUCUGUAAAAAUCAUGUAUAAGUCUAUUGU